GCUGGCUGGCUGCUUUUCGGAGAGAGGUUAUUUUCGAAGCGGAAGGUGGGGGGAGUCUUGAAGGCGGCACGAUGUUUGGCUUCAUUAUUUUUCUUUCUCCCUCUCUGCCUUUUUCGGCUGGGGAGGGGGAAGGGGAGCCAUCUAGCCCCAGCGCAGGAGGAGGAACUGGGUAUUUGGAAGAUGUCACGAACCAUUGACUGCAGCGUUUGAAAGGGAAAUCCACGGCGGCGCUGCUUCCCCCCAACACACACACCCCUCUUCUCCCCUUUCUUUCUGCGGGCUGGAGUUUGUGAUCGAGGAGCGGGAACGCAGAUGCCCUUCUCCCCAAUGACCCCUGGGGACCAGCCCAAGUGAAUGCUCCUUGCACCAUGUUCCUGAGCUGCGAAGGGACCUUCGGAACGGUGCCAGCCCCCGUGGGUUACAGCGGGGGAUUCCAGACCGGCUACCAAGAAAUCGAAGGCAUCAACCUGGGCUACUUACAGAUCAAUGGCACCCAGAUGUUUGCUUUGGCGCAGGUCCUCAGCGACCUGUUUAAGGACAUCCCCAGGACCACCAUCAGCAAGAAGAUGGAGACCCUCAAGAUCAAGAGCCGCCGCUGCGAUCUCCGGGAGCUCCGCACCCUCAAAGCCAUCCACUCCGUGCCCACCCGCGCGGUGAAAUGCUCGCUCAUUUCCAAGGCGGACCUGGAGGCGCUCUGCACCUCCUGCAAGAGCCUCAGCCCCAGGAGGAGGAAGAGGAAGAGGAGAGAGCAGCUGCUGCGGCCGGGCCCGCCGGAUCUGUUCGACUGCCCCCGGCAGCCGCUGCGCUCCUCCUGCUGCACCCAGGAGCCGGGGAGCUGCGGCGAGCUGGCCCCCGCGCCCCAUCACCCCCCGCCCGGGCUCUUCCAAAACUAUGACAAAGCCACUCGGGGCCGGAAGGGCUACGGCCUGGGGGGCCGCGGGGGGCUCUUCGCCGGCGUGUUGAGCGCCUACCCCCGGGACCUCCAGCUGCUCCACUCGGCAGCCCGCGGGGCGCACGGAGCCGGGCGGGCGCCUCCCCAGCUGGAGCCCGGCCGGCCCAAGCGCUGCUCCAAAGGGCUCUUCCCCGAGGAGAAGGGCCAGGGGGCGGCCAGGAAAGGCCGCCUCUUCCCGGGCUGCAAGAGGCAGGGCACCUCGGCCGGCUACUCCAGCGACUCGGAUUCCAGCCUGGACUUCGGGGGCUCCAGCCCGGCCACCUCCAGCGACUCGUCGGAGGAGGAGGAAGACACGUCGUGCAGCAGCGAGGAAGGCAGCUCCUCGGAGUCGGAGAGCAGCUCCCUGUGCAGCGGGGACUCGGUGCAGAGCACCCGCUACAGGCAGGCGGCUCUGCCCAGGUUCCAGCAGCUGCCCCACCCCCCCAGAGAGCCCAGCGGCGACGAGAGGCUCCCGGAGCCCCACAAAGCAGCCCUGCGCCCCGAUCCCAACCUCCUGCUCCUCUCCCAGCAGCUCUGGGCCAGGACUCUGCGAGCGUCAACUUUGGAAAGUUUGAGGCCGCUUCCAGCCCUGGGAGCCGGGGCCCAGCAGCAGGAGCCGGAGCUAGCGUGCGCAAAGCAGGAGCCCCCCUCCUCCCAGCCCUCCCCGGGCUGCAGCUACCCUGGGGGGGACCCACCACAAAAGGCGGGAGGCUGUGGGGAGUCCGAGCCCUGCGCCAAAGGGGAGGAUUUGCACAAAGAUGCCUCGAACAAUGCAGCCUCGUUAGGCCCCAGUGACCAAGCAGAGAGGCAGCUCGCUGCUUUAGCCGGGCGAUCUGCUUCCCAAGAGCCAGCCUUGGGCUCAGCUCCUCCGCCCUCAGCUCAGGAAUUCGCAGGGAGCCUCAGCCCGGCUCCCCAGAGGGUUUUAGGGGAGCCCAGGAGGGAGCAUUUCGACAGGCUCAUCAGGCAAUCCAAGCUGUGGUGUUAUGCAAAAGGGUUUAACGCGGAUGGGAAAAGUUUGCGGCCCGGAGGGAGGACGGAGCCGUGCAAAGCGGCCGAGCUCCAAGGCUCCGGCUCCAAAAGCGCACCGAGCCCAAGCCCCUUGUCAAACAAAGCUUUGAGAGGCAAUGGCUCGGAAAGGAAUUCCAAGCGCAGACGCCUUGCCAGAGGCGCUGAGGCAGAACGGCAACAAAACUCUGCUAAGGGGAGGCCACAAAAGACUCCGAGGAGGAAUGCCCCAAAGGGAAAGGCCCACUGCAAACGCCUGGCCAGCGCCGGGCCAGCGCCAGGCAGGAAUUCCUUCAGCCUCAUGGGCAACUUCCCCUGCACCCCUUCGCUGGUAGUGGGGGAGGAUGGGGAUCUGCGUCCCGCUGCCUCCCUGUGCGUAAAGAACUCCUGCGCGCUCUCCAAAACGCACCCGCUGUGGAGCUGGCAGGUGGGCGGCAGCGCUCUCCCCGUGCCCCCCAGCCUCAAAUUCCGGGGCUAUGGCCUGGAGGGUUUCUAA